GGGUGAAAUAGCUGGAUCCCAAGAUAAUUGAAUCUUCAGUUUUAUUUAACGAAAUCUGAAAGGAAAAUUUGUGUGCACAAAAUAUUCUAUAAGGCAAAGUUACUAUAUUAAAAAUUGAAUGAUAAGAUCAUAUUUAGGCAUAUACAUUAACCGUGGAGUCAUUUCAACCAAUUUAAUGUCCUCUGGUCUUGUUUUAAUAGGCACUGUUAAAUGGAUAGAUGGAGACUGAAAACAAUUCAACAGUGACAGAGUUCAUUCUUUUGGGAUUAACAGACAAUCCUAUGCUAUGUGCUGUUUUCUUCGUGGUUUUUCUAGCAGUUUAUAUAGUUACCAUAGUGGGAAAUAUUAGCAUAAUCUUCUUAAUCCGAACCAGCCCACAGCUUCACACCCCUAUGUACCUUUUUCUCAGCCAUUUGGCCUUUGUGGACAUUGGGUGUUCCACAUCUGUUACACCAAUCAUGCUCAUCAGUUUCUUAAGAGAGAAAACGACUAUUCCUAUCACCGGCUGUAUAGCACAGCUUGGCUCUGAUGUCAUGUUUGGAACCACAGAGUGCUUCCUGCUGGCCACUAUGGCCUAUGAUCGCUAUGUGGCUAUCUGCUCUCCCCUACUUUACUCCAUCCAAAUGUCCUCAAUCGUCUGCUUCCUCCUACUGGGAGCCUCCUACUUGGGUGGAUGCAUGAACACUUUGUCUUUUACAGGCUGUUUGAUGAACCUGUCCUUCUGUGGUCCAAAUAAAAUCAACCACUUUUUCUGUGACCUCUUCCCACUCUUGAAGCUUUCUUGUGGCCAUGUUUACAUUGCUGAAAUAUCCCCUGCUAUCACCUCUGCAUCUGUCCUUAUCAGCACGCUAUUUACCAUAAUCGUGUCCUACAUCUACAUCCUCCACUCCAUCCUGAAGAUGCACUCUACUGAGGGAAGGAACAAGGCUUUCUCCACCUGCACUUCCCACCUCACUGCAGUCACUUUGUUCUAUGGGACCGUUUUGUUUGUUUAUGUAAUGCCCAAGUCAAGCUAUUCAGUGGUUCAGGUCAAAGUGGCAUCUGUGAUCUACACGGUGAUGAUUCCUAUGCUGAAUCCCCUUAUCUACAGUCUCAGGAAUAAGGAGGUGAAAGAGGCCAUGAGAAAACUGUUGGCAAAAACACACUGGUUUUCCUGAAUUAAAUCAGGUAUAAUCCAGAAAUAACAAAACCAAUGAUUUGGGAGACAUUUGUGCUUAAUAUUCUAUUUAUCAUUAACUGUAUCACUUAUAUAGUGAAGAACUCACAUGAAUGUAGAAAGCCAAUGCUUCCUUCCAUUUACAGAGUUAAAUGUCUAAUUUAUGUGGACAUUGCUGCGGUGAUUUUUUUUUUUUUUUUUUUGAGACUGAGUCUUGUUCUGUU